AUGGUGACCGAGGUCAUCCAGGUCCCCGGCAGCCAGGGCUCACUGCUGGCCUGGCUCUGUCGACCCCGUGAAGCAGAUCCCCGGUGCUGCUUCUUGUAUCUCCAUGGAUUCCCAGACCAAAGCCUUGACCACCGGAAGGAGCUGCCCAGCUACGGCCAACUGCGACCCACACUGCCUCGCCGUUUGGCAGCUCAGCUCCUGGCUGCGCAUCCGGAGGCAGCGUUUGCAGCCUUCAAUUUUGCUGGCACUCCCGGCUCCGAUGCCAGCUUCGCCUUUUCUCAGAAGACCGUAAGCCAAGAACUCUCGGACACACUGGCCGUGAUGGCACACUUGCGCAAGACUUGGCCUGGGCUUCCCGUUCACGUCAUUGGCAUCUCAACGGGCGCCAUCGUUGCUAGUUUGCUCAGAGGCGCUGGCAUUACUGACAUCACAAUCACCGCGAUCGCUGGACUUCUCAAUGUGCAGAAGGGCCUUCACUUCGACUUCGACGAUGUGCAGCUGAAGGCAUUCGACAACGAUGGCAGAUGCUGGAAAGAAUUCUGGCUUCCCCGUGGCUCUCCGUCAAAUCCGCCUGAUGCCCGAUUUGACGUAAGCUCCACUUCCGAAGGUGAGGACCACUGGGAGAAGGCCUGCUUGCCGCUGUCGUCGGCAUACCGGGAGGACUUCCUGGCUUUGAAUUUGUCAGGGGCGGUGAGCAGCGGCACCGCACCACUCUUGGUGCUUCAUGGGGAUCGGGACCGCAGCGUGCCACUGGAGAAUGGCCAGGAGCUGUUUGAAGCGGCCGCUCCUCCAAAAGAGCUGGUCGUGCUGAAAGGUGGCGACCACCUGUUGCGAAGUUCCAAGACAGCCAGCAGAGCAGGCCGCGCCAUUCUUGACUUUACCUCGGCAGUCGGACAGUGGACAAAACGUUAG